CUGGAGCAGUACAUUAACUCGAUGGAGAAGCUGUCGGUGAACUGUCACUCAAACGGAGAGACGGAGGUCGGAUCAGCUUUCUGCCGUCUGGCCGACUUCUCUAAAGACCUCCUCUCUCCCAUGAAGAACCUGUUAAAGAGCAUGCUCCACAACAUCAACUUCUUCCUGGACUCUCUGGUUAAAGGAGACCUGAGGGAGGUGAAGGGGGAUCUGAAGAAACCUUUUGACAAAGCGUGGAGGGACUAUGAGAGCAGAUUUAAGCAGGUGGAGAAGGAGAAGAGGGAGCUGGCUCGUCAGUAUGGGAUGGUGAGGAACGAGGUCAGCGGAGGAGAGAUCGCAGAGGAGCUCGAGAAGGAGAGACGCUCCUUCCAACUGAGCAUGUGUGAGUAUCUGAUUAAGGUCAACGAGAUAAAGACGAAGAGGGGCGUCGACCUUCUGCAGAACCUUAUCAAACACUACCACAGCCACAAUAACUUCCUGCAGGAGUGUGUUUCCACCACUCAGAAGUUGAAGCAGUACAUGGAGGAGUUGAAUGGAGUCCUUAUCACGGUGAAGCAGCGUCAGGAGGAGGAGAAGAAACAGCUGGUGACCCUCAGAGAUCAGCUGAGGCCGGCCGUCAACUUAGAGCAGGACUCUUUACCUAAGCAGGUGUACAGCAUGCAUCAGCUGCUCGGAGACAAACAGUACGGAACAGAGAGGGCAGGAUUCCUCUACAAGAAGAGUGACGGCUUGAGAAAAAUGUGGCAGAAGAGGAAAUGUUCAGUUCACAACUGUUACCUGACCAUCGCACACGCCACUCCCAAUAAAUCUCCUACCAGACUAAACCUGCUCACCUGUCAGGUCAAACCUAGUGUGGAGGACAAGAAAUGCUUUGACCUCAUCUCCCAUAAUCGGACCUACCAUUUCAUGGCAGAGGAGGACGCUGAGUGUGUGGCCUGGAUCUCGGUGCUCAGUAACAGUAAGCAGGAUGCUCUGAGUGCGGCCCUGGACGGGGGCUUUAAAGGGGGGGGAGGGGGGGAGAGCAGCGUAGAGGAUCUGACCCGAGCCAUAACUGAAGACAUCCGGCGGAUGCCCGGAAACAACAACUGCUGUGACUGCGGAGCUCCAGAUCCUGGAUGGCUCUCCACCAACCUGGGCAUCCUGACCUGCAUCGAGUGUUCGGGGAUCCACAGGGAGAUGGGGGUCCACGUCUCCAGGAUCCAGUCUCUGAGUCUGGACAGUCUGGGGACCUCAGACCUUCUGUUGGCCAGGAAUGUUGGUAACUCUGGUUUUAAUGAAAUACUGGAGGCAAACCUGCUGAGUCCAUCAAUGAAGCCGUCCCAGGAGAGCCACAUGGGAGAGCGUAAAGACUUCAUCCUGUCAAAGUAUCAGGACGGUUAUUUUGUGAGGCGGAACCACUGCUCGAAUGCAGCGCAGCGGUUUGGCCUGCAGGAGGCGACCAAGAGCUGCGACAUCUACAGUCUGAUCCAGCUGCACGCCCAGAGGACCGAGCUGAGCCAGCCGCUGCACGCACACAUACAGGAGAGAGGGGAGACAGCGCUCCAUCUCGCCGUCCUAUUGGCUGACAGGACGUCCCUGCACAUCCUGGACUUCUUAGCUCAGAACUGCUCAAAUGUGGACGCACAGACAUCCGCAGGAAACACAGCGCUGCACUACAGCUGCCUGCACAACAAGAGCGACUGUGUGAGGCUGCUGCUGAGAGCCAGGGCCAACACACACACCAAAAACGAGUUAGGGGAGACCGCUCUGGACGUGAGCCGCAGGUUGAAGCACGGCCACUGUGAGGCGCUGCUGCAGCAGGCCCAGUCCAACCAAUUCGACCAUCAUGUGAACGUGGAGUACGAGUGGAGGCUUCGUCAUGACGACCUCUACGACAGUGACGACGACUUUGAAGAGAGGAACGGUCCUGUGAAGAAGGAGCGCUCCUUCUCAUCCUCCUCCUUCUCCUCCUCCUUCUCCUUCACCUCCCGGGCUUUCAGCUUCAAUCAGCCCGCCUCCUCCUCCAUCCCCCCGCCUUCCUCUGGAGAAGCGGGGGGAUCAGGAGGAGGGGGAGGAGCGGGAGGGUCCGGAGGGUCUGGGGGGUCUGGAGGGUCCGGAGGAGGUCUGCUGAGCGUAGGGAGGAGGCUCGCCAUGGCGAUGGAGCUCCACAGCCGGCCCUCUGGCUGUGCCUCCAGCCCCCCUCCGCCUCCUCCGUCCUCCCCUGCACCUCCACUGCCCCCCCGGGUCAAAGUGUUGUGCCGUCCUCUAGCCCCCAAUGUUCCUCCCCCUCCCCCUCCCGCUGGGGGAGAAGGAGCUGGGGAUGAAGAGGAGGAAGAGGGGGAGGUCUUCUUCUCGCUGACAGGAAAUAGAAAGUCAACGCCCCCCCCUCCCAUCGCCGUCCGACACAAGAGGAGCUGCUCCGAGUCCAGCAAGCACGAUUACGGGUUGCCAACCAGCCCGAGGAUCUACAGCGGUCCAGACUCCUCCUUUAAGAAGUGUGUCCCAUCUUCUCCUCUCAGCUCGCUGACUGAACGUCCAGAGAGAGGUUUUCGGAGGGCGGACAGUGACGGUAGCUCCUCUCACUUCCUGCACCCUGCCAGGAAAGCCCCGCCCAACGGCUCUCCCACCAAUCACCGCUCUCAGAGCUUUGAGAACGACAACCGCCCCUCCCCCCAGCCGCUUCCUCGAACAUCAUUGCCUCGGGGUGCGACGAGCCGCCGGGUGGAGGCGCUGUACGACUGCCAGGCCGACCACCACGAUGAGCUGAGCUUCUUUGAGGGUCAGGUGCUGGUGGUCCUGGGCAAGGAGGACAGUGAUUGGUGGCAUGGUUACAUAGAGGAAGAACCGGACCAGAGGGGUUUGUUCCCGUCCUCCUUCGUCCAGCUGCUCUCCGACUGACCUGGACCAAACCAACAGAAACUGGACCCGUAUAGAUCCAGUCCGCCUGGAGAACCAGAACCUGGACCCGUACAGAUCCAGUCAGCCUGGAGAACCAGAACCUGGACCCGUACAGAUCCAGUCUGCCUAGAGAACUAGAACCUGGAAGCCAGGGGAACCAAGGCAGCAGAACCCCAGGAUUGUGUCCCUCUGCUUCUCCCAGGACCGGACGGCUUCCUGUGAUGACCAAUGGUCCAGGCACAGUUCAUGUUGUCACAGCAACCAGCGGCUUUUGUUGCCAUGGAGACAAUACAGUUGACCUUUUCCGUGAAGAAUCUGUAUGUAUCUGUAUGUAUGUAUCUGUAUCUGUAUGUCGCACAAACAGGUCAGCGACAAGUGUUGACCGUGCUAUUAUUUAUUUAUUUAUUUGUAUUAAGCACAUAGGUACUACACUUCAAAAUAAAACAAUCCACUGGACUUUUAUUUUGAAGUGCAACUGAACGACUUUUUUCUGUUAUUUACUUAUUUUAAUAUAUUCAUGGAGUGAUGCAGGAAUAAGUUCUAAACAUCUGAAAUGAGUUAGCAUUUUAACAGUUCAGGUUCCCUCGUCACAAAUUCAAUGGGUUUUUAAUGUGUUUUAUGUUAGCUACCUGAAGUAAGGCAAGUGGUUAGCACAGACUAAUUAGGUUUUCACAUUUAUUUCUCCAACAUAAAAUGCGUCAGCCCACUGUUGAAUGUCUGAAACUUAAAUGUGUCUUAAAGAGGUUGGUUGGAUAAAUCCAAUUGGCUUUUUGCCGCGGGAGCUCUUGCGAUGCUAACUUCUGGGUGGGCUUACAAAGUGUAUCACUGCACCACUCCAUGGUUUUUCAUCCUGUGCAGCUCUUCUGUCCUGUCUCAGGCUUUGUCACCUUCGAGGGGCAGGGCUUAUCAGGUCUGACAAGGGCCAGGGCGGUUUUGGGAGCAGGGGUCUAAAAUUAGUCUAGGGCCUCCACUUGACAAGUGACCAGAGCACAAAGGAUUGUGGGAUAUUGAAAUGAGACUGAUUCUCGAUGUCUGAAGAUUCCAAACACCUCAGUAAGCACAGCAGGUACUGCUAUCAUUUCAAAAAUACAUCUGCUCAGUUUCUCAUAAAAUGCGAUCUUUUCACAUUGAAAUAAGAUUUUUCAGGCUAAUGGACACAUUUUUUUGUAAAUAGUACAUACACAUUAAUAAGGUGGUCGACUGGUGCAAACGCGCUACAACAGCCUAACUCUUCCAUCAUGAGAAACGUGCUAGUUUCAGAAACGAUGCUGAUAAAAAAAACAAGAGUGUCAAAACACAUACAACUAGAAAAAGUAUUGUGUUAAAGAAAAACAUGUUUGCAGUAAAGUUACAAGACGUUUCAUCAGAGAAAAAUAUUGAAUUGAUUGAUGUAUGAUGAAAACCACAUUUAUUAUUUGGUAUCUACUGAUAACAAUUUAAAAGUCAACAUCUUGUACUGGAAACUGAGCAAAUGUUUAUUUUUAUCAUGGCGGCAGAAAUAAACUGCCAAGGGGACUUUUAUAGACAUCUUCAUCAGUGUUUGAUUGUGCCAACAUGUACCUCCAGAGCCUUUGGAAGAACAAAACACACGUACUUUUGUUUCAUUUUAUUCAAAGUGACAGCGGUGUUGUUUUGAAAAAUCACAGUGCUUCUCUCUGCAACUACGAAUGAAUCAAUGAUCAGUAGGUUGUUUGCUAAAUUAAACUGAAAUGUCCUUUUAUCAAACAGUCAUUUUAAACAUGAAGCGCUGAUUAAAGCUAUGAUAAGUGAACAUACUUCAUGAUUGGUUUAUUUGAUUUAAUCGGCACCUUCCAAUUCCUAGUGGAAAAAUCUAAAUUCCCAGACUGCAGGAAGACCAUUAAUAAGCACAACUUUUGAUUUAUACUCACAGCAAACUUGUCUUUCUUUAGUGUGAGGAAGUACAUAUUUUUACUACAACUAAAGUCAGCAAACUCCAAAACCUUCCCUCCGGAUGUGAAGUCCAGCUCAGGACUCUGGAGGGCUGCUGCUCUGUCAUUUAGCUGCUCAAUGUCCCUCAUAAAAUCGGGAGCCAUCAAAGUGUUAAAUCUCUGCUAAAACUAUAAAACAAGCAGCAGAUGUUUCAGAUUAAACCCCAGCUUGAGAUGACUCAGCAGAUGGGGUUUAAUAGAGCAUUUAACUGCAGCCAAAGUUAGCAGCAGAGAAGCCAGCAGAGCCUCCAGAUAAUAAUUCAGCAUCCAUGAUCAUAUAGAGCCCUCAGUCUGCUUUAAAGUGCUUGUUGGAUCGUCUAAAAACCCACUCUCCAACAGCUGCAUCUUACACAGACUCAGAUAUUUUGGACGGCAUUCAAGGAAGCAGUGAGAUGCUGCCAGGAGGAAUAUAUGACGGCAGGAUUUUCACACCACACAUUCUGCAGGCCUUUAGACGUUGCAUCAACAAGUUAGUUUGAAGCAGACUGAGCUUUGAAACCAUUUCACACUGGCAAGUUGGUCUGAAUCUGGAAAUGGAGCGCC